ACCCGUUUGGACGUGCCGAAUUUCUUGGGGUGGCUCAUUUCGAUGCGAGCGGUGCUCACCUACUUGGAUUCAUAGAUUUUUACCUGUCUCCACCUGUCUCCACCUGUCUCCACCUGGACCUGCCUUGAUUUAUACACCAACUGAUUCUGCUAAACCGCUGGGCCGCUGCCAACCGCGACUUCCUCAUGGUGGAACCUUCCGAAAGGCAGCGCUUGGAGCAUGGCGUAGCAAUGCUAGUGGGUGACAUGGACCACUCCCUGUCCACCGAUGCAGAUCGCAAGGUGCUGCUGGAGCGGAAACAGCUGCUCAGCUCUCAAAUGGAAGAGUUGCGAGCAACCAUGCGACAAGUUCAGGAGGACAGCGAACGCAGUAGUGACGAAGCGCGGCAGUGCGAAGCGGAAGCUGCUUUGGAACUGAGUAAAGUGGCAGCUUUGCGGGACAAGGUCCAAACGCUGCUACAACAGAUUCAGCGCUCACAGCAGCAAGCACUGGAGCAUCGAAGGGCAGAACGCGACUUGAGAGUGGAAAUGGAACGUGCAAAGGGGACAUUCCAGGAAGUGAUCUCCGUGGAAAUGGAUGUGCAGAUGGCCAUCCGCAACGAGAUUGGCCAGCUCCAGCAGGUUGUCCAGGACCUGGCCAAUCGGAUCGAGACCAAGAUGAGUGAGAUUGAUCGGCUGGAGCAAGCCAACAGCUGGGCAAGAGCAGAGGUGAGUGGCUCAGUGACCCGCUGGCGCCAGCGCUGCUUGUGGCGACAAGAACAGCUGCGGCGCGGAUUGGAAGGAAAGGAUGCGGAGCCCCGCAGGCAAAGUCCUGCAGAUGAUGAAGCAGAAGCCUUGAGGUUGAUGGGCUUCUGUUUGGGCGCCCUGAAGUUGGAAAGCGACGGCUCCCCGGGGAAAAGCCCACGGGGAAACGGUGCAGCGCAGAUGCAAAAGGAUGUUGUGCGCUGUUUUGGAGCAAUAACUGGAGCAAAGAACUGGUUGAUGGGUUCAAACAUGGAUGAACACAGUAUAUUUUGA